AGCCCCACAGUGUCCCUGAUGCCUGGAAGCCUGCCCUCUCCCUGACCUUGAACCGGUGGUGGUGACCCCAGAACAGCAUUUUGCAGGACUUGCAUCUGAUGGGCAGACCCAGGUCUCUUCCUGCGCCUUGCUGGGGCGGACCGGCCACAGCCCUAGCUGCUUCCUCACCAGAUAGGAGAAUAGGGCAGUGUCCCGCUCCUGCUGGGCACAGGCCCCCGGAGAAACGGUUCCCUGCAGGGCGUUGUCCUUGCUGCCGCCUCAGGCCGCUCCCUCCUAAGCCCUGGCCUGGCCUGCUGCUAGUGGCACUGACCAAGGCCCUGCCUGAACUCCUGCAUGCUGGCUGGACUUCUGCCCACCCUCCUCCCUCCUGAGCUGGGCCUGAAAGGUAGGCAGGGCAGGAGGGAGCAGGAAGGCCAGCCAGCAGCCAAGCUCAGCUAGCCUGGCUGGAGCAGGGCCGGUGGAAGGGGCCCCGGGGUCAGGCACAGUCCUGAAGGAGCAGGUGCCUGGCAGACCCAGGCAGGGGGGAGCAAAGCCGAGGAGACCCUGCCCUCGGGGGUGGGGUCACCCCCCUUCCUGUGGAGGAGACCCAUAUAGAGUGUAUCCUGAGUUCAGUGACGACAGGUCAGGGGCAGCUGCCCUCCCAGCCUCCAUGGACCAGGCGGACCACUGUGCUCCUAGCUGUGCGGACCACCUCCUCAGCCUGACCACCACUUGGCGGACUGUGGCUAGACUGUGGGGCUGGGGUGCGGGUGAGGACUACCGGAGGCAGUGACCCCCAGCCUUCCCUGGUGGAGCGGACGGCAGGCACUCCCGGACGGAGGAGGCGAGGACGCCCGGCCCCAGGCCUCCCCCCCCAGGCUGGUGACGGCUCGCAAGGCCAGCCGCUCCCGUAAAGUGCUUUGCGCCAGGUCGCUCAAGCGUCACGGCGAGGAGCCGGCUGCGAUCCGAGUGGGGUGGUCGGCCUUCCCCGGGCCGGCGCCUGCGGCGUGCGUGCGCAGCGAACAGCGGUGACUACGAGCCUGGCCCCCGCCCGACAGCAUGUUGACCACUGCAGCCUUUACCGAGCGCCGCGGUGUGUGCCGGCUUUGGCCACGUCGGUCCUGGCCGCCACCCUCCGAGGCCACACCCAGUGCAGGCGCGGCCACGACGUCCUGGGGCCUCUCGGUCCACACCAGACUCACAGCAGCCCCCACGCACUGACCCUCGGCUCGGAGACCACGUGAACCGGCCUGUGGGGCUGGGUAUCGAGGGCGGGGCUUCAGGGCGGGGCUUACGUCGGGCGUGGUCUCGAUGGGCGGGCCCCAGGGCGGGCGGGGCCUUGUGGGAUAGGGAACGCAUCCACAGGACAGGUCGGCGAGGCCUGGGGGCGGGGCCUACGGACGGUGGGGCUGUCGCUGCGCGGAGACGGGCGGGAAGUCUGGGGCGAAGCUACAAGGUGUGGGCGGGGCCUCGUGAAGUGGCACGGCUAUCAUUGGGCAGAUAGUUGGCCGCGGGGUGUGGCUAUAGAUGGGUUCUCCAAUGGACGCGGCCAGAGGCGGGGCCGGCGCCGAGCCGGGCCUGCAUAAAAUGGCGCGACUGCCCAGUCGUCCUCGCCUGUUUCGCGCGCGCGCGCUCAGCAUGGUCGCGGGGCCCCACGCUGGCAACGGUCUCCUGCUGCUUCUGCUGUUGCUGCAGGUGGCGCUGGGCUUCGCGGACGGCGGCUGCGACCCCUCGGACCAGUGCCGCCGUCCCCGCAGGUGCCCGUCGCAGGCCCGCUGGAGCAGCCUGUGGCACGUGGGGCUUAUCUUGCUCACUGUCCUCCUGCUGCUGCUGUGUGGGGUCACGGCCAGCUGUGUCCGGUUCUGCUGCCUUCGGAAGCGGGCACACGCACAGCUGCACCUGCCUCCUGCCCCUCAGCCUUGUGACCUGACUGUCAGCCCUGUGGACAGCGACAGCCCUGUACACAGCACUGUGACUUCCUACAGUUCCGUGCAGUACCCACUGGGCAUGCGGCUGCCCCUGCCCUUUGGGGAGCUGGACCUCGACUCCAUGACCCCUCCUGCCUACAGCCUAUUUGCCCCUGAGCUGCCACCCUCCUAUGAUGAAGCCAUCAAGAUGACCAAACCCAGACAGGAGGAGCCGCCCUCCUCCCCAUAGCCCAGCCCCCUCCUGGGGCCUCAAGCCAAGCAACACCUCCAGGGCCCCAGGAGCUAGGCUCCAAUGCCUGACACCUGGCUUAGCCCUGGUGCCCCUCAAAUAUGGGGGAAAUCUCUCCUGAACCUCCCCUUGCUGCCGGGCACCCUGUGCUCAGAGGAGACUGGUGCACAGACACGUGGAGCUUAGGACCCCCAGCCCACCUCACCGUUCUUCCCUCGGGAAGGCCAGCCAUCCAGCACAUUGCUGCAGCCCUGGCCUCGUUGCUAUGUAACGCCGGCCAGCCAAGCUGGCUGGCCCUGGGUUGGCCACACACAUAGGUGUGUGUGCACACAUAUACCCAGGCUGCCACAUUCAGCCCUGGCCCUAGGCCCAGCCCCACAGGCCUCAGCCUCGGGGCUCAGGGCUGGCUGUGACGUCCACAGCUUGUUGGAGAAAGAAUAAAGUUUGUAUCUAAGUGAUUUCUGC